AUUAACUGUCAACGACCCAGUCGAUCAACAACACAAUCCAACAUGCCUCCCAAGAAGACCACCCGCCCCGCCCAGGAGAACAUCUCCUUGGGCCCCCAAGCUCGCGAGGGUGAACUCGUCUUCGGCGUUGCCCGUAUCUUCGCCUCCUUCAACGACACCUUCGUCCACGUCACCGAUCUCAGUGGCCGCGAGACCAUCUGCCGUGUCACUGGUGGCAUGAAGGUCAAGGCUGACCGUGAUGAGUCCUCCCCCUACGCUGCCAUGUUGGCUGCUCAGGACGUCGCCACCCGCUGCAAGGAGCUCGGCAUCACUGCCCUGCACAUCAAGAUCCGUGCUACUGGAGGUAACGGCACCAAGACCCCCGGCCCCGGUGCCCAGUCUGCCCUCCGUGCCCUGGCCCGUUCCGGCAUGAAGAUCGGCCGCAUUGAGGACGUUACCCCUACGCCUUCCGACUCUACCCGCAGAAAGGGUGGUCGCCGUGGUCGUCGUCUCUGAUUGCCCAACCCCCCCUCUCCUCUCACCACUUAUCUGCGUGGAUGGAUCGGCUGGUUGGCAAACGAGACGGACGGUUCCAGACAAUCAUGGGAUUGGCGUGGUUACUGUUGCAUAUGGGUUACUCUGUGGCGUUGACAGUUACGAGGAGAACGGCUUGCGCCUGGUCUCCAUUCUUCGCGGCUUCCUUACCCUUGCGGUAGGAGGCUGUUGUCACAUGAUGCUUAUAGCACAGCUACAGCAAUCAAAAUGAAGUCAAAACACCCUGCUGCCCUCGAGUCUUCUUAGCCUACGUGAAUGUUAUUGAGGCAGGAAAUGUAGGAAUUGAGUUGUAGCAGCCUCCCUGGUAGCGUGCAACGAGCGAAAUUGUCAGCAAAGAAUAACCUCCUUGGAUAAAAACAACAGAAGAAGCUCUGGAAGUGAACCCAAGAAAGCGCAAUUCGCAAUUAAUUGAGGAUCUAACCC